AUGUCGCGCUUCCUCCUCGCUGUGAUCGCGUGCGUCGCCGCGCUCGACCCGCAAGCCGUUGACGAGAAGCGCGGGCGCAAUAAGGAGCCAGUAAAGACCGUGCAGACCAAGGCGCAGGAUGCCACACCUGUUGCAACGGUUGGGAGCGCCGCGAAAGAUGCCACCCCAGUUCAGACCACUGCUGACGGCCUCUAUUCCUUCCAGUCCAAAGCCCAGGAUGCCACACCGGUCCAGACCGUCGGGAGCGCGGCGAAGGACGCCACGCCCGUUCAGACCGUCAGCAGCAAGAGGCCCGGGCGCUGGGGACUCGCGCAAGAGCCAGAAGCGGCGGUGCAGGGCGGAAAUGCGCUCGCCAUGCUCGGCGUGGCCGGGAUCCUCGCGGUCGCGGCGGUCGCACUUCGCCGCGUGUUGCGCGCCGCGCCCUCGGAGCGAACGCCCUCGGAUCUCGUCUGA